AUGCCCGCUACCCUGCACCUCUCUACGGCCCCUGCCCGCGCUGGCUGUAUUUUUUCUUUACCGCCAUCCUCGACAGAGUUCAUCCUUCGUUUACCCUCCAUGGCCACUCAUAACCCAAUUUCGGCUUCCCAACGCGCCCAUAGGGUCAGGCAGCUAUGGCAGACGUUCGAAGCCCAACUCGCUGCUCCCAGGACGACCAUGAACCAACGCUGCUCAGAUGUCGCUUCUGAAGCAAACAAGAAAUGGCGACAAACACUGCAGAAAGCGCGACCAUCCGAGAAGGAGCACAAUCUGCAGGUAACUAAAGCCCAGAAACAGAUUCGAGAAAAGUACUUCGUCGACGCAAGAGAGGAAUGGCAAAAACUGUUGGCGAAUGCCAAGCUCCAAGACGAGGACUGGAACGACAUGACGGAUGCGGAAACACAACGGGUCAUCAUUGCCCUAGGCGGCGAAGAGGACGACGCUAACGUGGAACUGAACAAAAAUGUGGCUGUUCCGCCUCCACAGCAGUCCUUGGCACCACCACCUCCACAGCUUUCCGCCCCAUCCAUCUCCGCCUCCUCGAGCACUACCUCCAGCUACGCCUUUGUAAAUCCCAGUGACUUUUGUUCAGAUGAUGAACAGCCGGAAGAACGCGGCUUCUCGUUGUAUACCAUGGCCACUUCGCAUGACCUAACAUCCGAAGACGAGGACGCACCCAUCCCUGUUCCCAUUCGCGGCAUUAAUGGUGGCUGGAGCAAGCCCCAAGAGCCAGCUAAAACGGCAUGGAGGCAGGCCUCCCAAGGCAGUUCUCCAGAACUACCACCAACCUCGAACGGCUUCGACUUCAACCCCAUCAGCCAUGCGUCGAGCUCAUCGUCCCAACAGUCUCGUUUGGCACCGCCCAAACGUCCGCCGGACCUUGGGGGCGGAGCUAUCUCCGCCAGUAGCAGCACCAGCAGCUUUCUCCAUCCUCAAUAUCCCAAUGGCGUCACCUCUGCCUCUUCCACUAUUCCCAAGAACACCUAUCCCACACAAACCAAAGCACGGCUUCCUGGUCCCAUGUACGUCGGCCCACACCUCUCCGACCCCUCCGACUCCGACUCCUUGCCGUCCUCUGAUGCUGAGGAGGAGUUUGAGCGCUUCAAAAUGGGGAUGCGGGUAACCAAAAUUCUCGAGUUUCACGAGGCGGCCGCGCAGGCUGACAUAGCUUUGGCGGUGGAGAUCUACAAGGCCAGGAAGUUGAGGAACGGGGACAAAACCGAGGAUGCGCAACGAGUUGCGGAUCAUCAAAAGUGGAUGAUGAGACUCCAAGAGGAGAAGGAGGAGGAGCGAAAGCGUAUUGUCAAAACUGAAAGAGAGCGGAUGAGGGAGGAGUUGAGGAAGAAGGGUAACGGGCGUGCUGCGAGGAAUGGUGUUGCUCCUUCGACUUCGAAGUUAUCUUGGUUGGAUUCCUACAACGAGCAAAAUGUCGAGUUCGGGUCCAACGUCGAUUUUGCGCAAAUCUUGGCGAAUGCUGGUAUUCAACAGCAGCAGCAAUUCACUGAACCGGAUCCACUGUCGUAUGCCAACGACACCCUCGCCUCUCAUCAGCAUCACCUUCUCCAACAACAACAACUGUGGCAACAACAGCAGCAGCUCCUUCUGCAGCAGCAACAACAAGCCUCUUCGUCAUCCAUGCCCUACCCACCCAAACCACUACCUCAGACCUCGACGCAGAAAGGUGUUCCUGCCUCAAUUUAUGCCUCCUCCCAGUUCGAGCAACAGCAAUUCGGCAGGCAGUCUCACCCCCCUGGAGCGUUUGGUUGGUUCGAUCCAGGAGACGAUGGGGAUGAAAACAGGGAGGAGGAGGACGAAGAGGUGGAAGAGGACGAGGACGAGCCUGAAAUACCGGAGGCGUUGAGGCAGGCGUUCUUGAAACAACAGGCCCAGGCUGCUGCUGACCUUCAGGCUUCGUUGAACAUGCCAAUGCCGGGGUCUCUGAACGUCAGCCCUCCACCUCCUGCUACAACUGCUCCUGCUCCCAAAGCUGCUGCGACCCCAAGUGGCUGGGGUGUAAAGAACGCUGCUAAGGCUGUUGUCAAUGGUCUAGGCAACAGUAAGGCGUCGUCGACGCCUGCUCCUGCUGCUGCACCUACACCAAGUGGAUGGGCGACGAAAAUGGCUGCUGGGACCCCUCUGUCCAGUGGCUGGACCAAGAAGGCGCCUCAGCUGCCGCAGCUACCCGAGGAACUUGUUAAUCCCUCAUCACAGUCGCCUCCCAAAGUCGACGAGCCCAUCACCCCCAUCACGCCUAAAGCUCGUGGUCCUCAACCUUCAGCUACUGCUGCAAAAGGCAAGAAAGCGUCUCCUACCGCUCCUGCCAACCCAUCGCCAGCCCAAGCGGCCUCAUCGUCUUCUAAGCCCUCUCCACCACCUGCCAAACCUGCUGCUGCUCCGGCCAAAGUUGAGAAACCUGCGCCGGCACAUCCACCACCUGCCCCUGCCCCAGCUGGGAAAAAGACGAACAAAAAACAGCGCCAGCAGCAGAAGAAAGGCGGUGCUUCUGCUCCUCCCAAAGCUCCAACCCCACCACCUCCUACCACUGAACCUGAACCCGAACCUCCUGUUGAAGCGGACGCGCAGGAGGAAGAGGAACAUGAAACGCCUAUCAUUCCUGAAGCCGCUCAACCUGCAUGGGUAUCCUCUCAAUCCACUAUCAGAGGGCUUCCCGUUAAAUCGCGUAUGGAGGCCUCGUCUAUCUUUGGAGAGGAUCUGGCGUCGACUCCUCGUCCUGGGUCCAUGUUCGGUUUUAAACGUCAGCAGGAGAAGGGCGAGGCGCUCCCCAAGCCCAGCUUGUUGAGGCGUCAAAUGCAGAUGGCUGAUGCGAGGCAGAUGGGAACCCCAUCGAAACUGACGACGGAACUUCCUAAGGCAGGUGGUCCUUCUCAGUUUGGGUUUGAUGACCGGGAGUACUGGGCUCCCAAUGCUCCAUCUGCUGCUCAGCCGAUGUCGACGAACGCUGCUGCAAGUCAACAGGUCUGGAAUCCUCCGUCCAACUCGCGUUCCCCCCCAAUCGAAAAGACCACUUCGAUGCCCUUUAAUCGCCUUGCCUCUUCCCAACGUCUUCGCCGCAGCUCUGACCCUGUGUCCCCAAGCCCUCGGGGAUUCGAGCUCCCUGAUAUCACCAACAAAAUAAAUACCACCUCCACCAAUACCCCGAAGAUGAGUAAGGCGAAGAAGAAGGCAAACGCGAAGCGAGUUACGAUUGAGGAGGUAUCUGACGAGGAGGGUGACGGAGGGCCGAUCGAAAAGCUGCCGGUGAAUUCCAGGCUCAUACUGGAGCCCAAGCCCAGCGUUCCUUCGGGGAUGUUCAACAACAUCUUCGAGUAUGGGGUGGAGGACGACGAGCGUGAGGACGAGAUGACUUCGAGCUCGUUUGCACCCACGCCUUCCACGGCUGCUACAUCCCCUGACGAUUUCGCUCCCAUCAGCGAAGGAUGGGUUGCGGCGGCUACGAAGCGGCUGCAGCAGGAGAAGCUGGCCGCUGCUGCUGAGGCCAAAGCGAGGCAUGUGAGGUGGAACCCUCAAGCCAGACCCAACCUCUUUGGUGAGGACAACCCGUCAGAUACCUUUGAGGCUGGGCCUGCGAUUGGGGGCAUGUCUAUUCCCAGUUCCUUCACUCGCAGAACUGUCAACGCUAGCAGAAUGGGAGGGCAAAACCAGCAGCAGAUUGACGUCAAUGGGAGCGGCAUGACGAUUUGGGAGAUGGGUCAGCAGCGGGCCAAAGCCCAGGCUGCGGCUGCGGCUGAUGACAAGAAGGGGGGUAUGGGUCGAGAUUGGAUGAAGGUUAUGACUGGCACUGCAGGUGCUGCUGGUGGCGGAAACGUCGCAGUGGGUGUUGGUGGAGAUGCCUCCGGGCGUUAUGCGAAUGUGGCAAUAGAGAACAUCAAGCGAGGCAAGCCGGCCGCUGGCGGUAAUUUAUUCUAGUCUUGACUCUUUUUUUUUCUUGGAUACUUUUUCUUCUCUUUUUUUUAUCUUGCUUUCCGCUCUCAAUCGCAUCGUUUUGAAGUACGAUAGAAAUUCGAUCCUAAUGACUUGUUUUCUGAUUAGACGUAACAAUAUGAU